AUGGCAUCUGCACGACUGCACGGCAAGGUCGCCAUCGUCACCGGCGGCGCCUCGGGCUUCGGCAAGGGCAUCGUGGAAAAGUUUGUCCACGAGGGCAGCAAGGUCCUCAUCGCCGAUGUCUCCGAGGAAAACGGCCGCGCCGUCGCUGCGGAAUUCAACUGCGCCUUUGUCAAGACGGACGUGACGCAGCGCGCCGACUGGGAGAAUGCGCUCGCCACAGCCCUCGCUACGUAUGGGCAGCUCGACAUUGUCGUGUACUCGAACAAGCCCGCGGAGCAAGUCACGGAUGCCGAUUUCGACUUGGUCAUGAAUGUCAAUGUCAAGUCCAUUUAUCUGUCUUCGUCUGUGGUAGUCGAGUACCUUUUGCGGGAGAAGCGUGCAGGCUGCUUCAUCCAAAUCGCGUCGACGGCAGGGAUCCGGCCGCGACCUGGCCUCACAUGGUACAACGCCUCCAAAGGGGCUGCCAUCACGGCAACAAAGGCGCUUGCAGUAGAGUAUGGCCCAAAACACAUUCGCUUCAACGCAGUCUCGCCCGUGGUUGGACUCACAGCCAUGACGCAUUUGUUCCUGGGAAAGCCCGACACCCCGGAGAACCGUGCCGCUUUUGUGUCUACGAUUCCGAUGGGGAGGCCCUCUACCCCUGCGGAUGUUGCAAACACGUGCUGCUUCCUAGCGAGUGACGAGGCUGCAUUCUUGACCGGUACCAAUAUCGAGGUUGACGGCGGCCGGUGCGUCUGA